AUGAUUAGAAAUACCUUCAAAAUAGGUAAAAUAAUGUCAUCAGGAAAAGUUUUAGUUUAUGGUGGAAAAGGUGCACUUGGAUCUAAAGUUGUUGAAAUAUUUAAAGAAAAUAAAUAUCAUACUAUUUCUAUUGAUUUAACAAAAAAUGAACAUGCUGAUAAUAACAUUGUUGUUGACAGUUCACUUGACCAAUUAGAACAAGAAAAAUUUAUAAUGGAAGAGGUUAAAAAUGUACUUGGAGAUGAUAAAUUAGAUGGAGUAUUUUGUGUAGCUGGUGGUUGGGCUGGUGGUAACUCAUCAUCAACAGAUUUUGUAAAAAAUUGUGAUAUGAUGUGGAAACAAUCUGUUUGGAGUUCUGUAAUUUCAUCUGCCAUUUCUUCAAAAUAUCUUAAGGAAGGUGGUAUUCUUCAAUUGACUGGAGCUGCUGCUGCUGAGACAGGAACACCAGGAAUGAUUGGUUAUGGUAUGGCUAAGGCUGCUGUUCAUCAUCUUGUCAAAAGUUUAUCAAUGAAUGAUUCUGGUUUACCAAAAAAUUGUAAUGUUUUGGCUAUCCUUCCAAUUACAUUAGAUACUCCAAUGAAUCGUAAAUGGAUGCCAAAAGGAGAUUUUAGUUCAUGGACACCAUUAACAUUAUUAGGAGAAAAAUUUCUUUCAUGGACAACUACUCCAUCAACCCGCCCUUCAUCAGGAUCCUUAUUGAAAAUUGUCACUAAAAACAAUGAGACAUCAUUUAUUCCAUUAUAA